GUAUAUUUCUAAAUCUUCAAAUCGGUAGCUUUUCUAAUUUUAAAAUCAUAAAGUUCUCGAACCCUUAUAUUUCUUAGUUUGGCAGUUUGUCAAUUUUUAAUUUUCCAAUCAAAAUCCAACGAGUAGUGAAGCUUCUUUUUCUCGCGCCGCCAUUUUCCCUAGAGAAGACUGCCAUGCUUGUCAUUAUACACUGACGCCAUGCUUGAUGGCACUGUAAUGUUUAAAGUUUGAUUUUGGCAAUCCAAGGUUGUGGAAAGGGUUGAGAAUCGCUGAAAUAGAAGGUAAUAGAGUAGGAUGGCUAGACAAAGGAAAGAGAGAUAGAGAGGACACCAUUGAAAAAAGAAAGAGUGGGGAACCGUAGAAUGCUGGAGGGAAGGACGUGGGCGUAGUGGGGAACAGGACUCGAAGUAGUGGUAAACGGGUCUGCGUAAUACACAGCUGAUCAGUCGUUCCGUGACAGGCAAGUCGUGUGGUUGUUAUCUGGUUUGAAGGGGCGUAUUCGUGAGGGUUUUUACUCGGGAUGACAGCAAGCCAUCGCGUAUAAGCAUUUCGUGUGCAUACAUGCCAUUGUUCACGUGCUCUAUGCAAUUUGACAAAGCGUCGAAAUCAAGAGGAACGGGCGGAGGUGUUGGCCCAGUGAAAUUGCUCACAACAUCAACGCGCUGCGGGCUGCAGUUCGUGACGUCGUCGGGUCAUUUACAUCGUAGAUAUUUUUCCCUUUUUCGAAGAAAAUCGUUAACGCGCGGAAGGUCUAUGACCGAUUCACGGGGCCUGCCUUAUCAAAGGAGUAGAAAAAGCCACAGUAACGUAGGUGUAAACGGCAUUAGAUUCAAAUUGAUGAAGUCCGAGGCAAUCGCUGAGGAGGACACGACUGCUGAUCCUGCAGUUUGUGAACAUUGAUACUGGUGCAGUCGUAGCUCACGAUAUAUACAUAUAUAUAUCUAUUUUAUGUUGCAAUCCUUCGCUGGAUAUCGGCUAGCUGUUCCUCGCUUGUCUUUACAUUGCAUUUAUUAAUUCACACACGAAUCGUUAUCGUGCAUUGGGUUUUUCUUCGCAACAGCACGAUUGCUUUUACUUUGUAUAAUUAUAUACGGGGUGCAUGUGUAAGCGCGCGCGCGCGCGAGUGUAAACGUGAAAAAGAAAAGGUCGAUGACAAUGCAACGAGUCCAAGAUCAAGACAAUGGAAUUAACAUCAAGUUUGGAGCAAACAAGAACAAAAAAGGGGAUUACAGGCUUGUGUCACAACAUACGGAAAAUGAGAAGAAAAGUAACUUCAAUGGGACCAAUAAACAAGUUAAAAAGGUAACAGCAGAAGAAGACUUAGUUCCACCAGAUGGAGGAUGGGGCUGGCUUGUGCUAUUAGCAUCUGUUAUGGUCAAUCUACUUAUCCCAGGAACAGUGAAAUCUUUUGGUGUUCUUUUUGUUGAAUUUCUUGAAGUUUUUGAUGCAUCACCUGCUGCAGCUGCAUGGAUACCAGCCUUAUGUUAUUUUCUAUACAGUUCACUUGGGCCUCUCUCCAGUAUAUUAUCAGUUAAAUAUUCUUAUCGAACAGUAACUCUAUUAGGAGGAACAUUUGCAGCUGCAGGAAUGAUGCUAAGUUAUUUUGCAAAUUCUGUGGCCUUCCUGUGUGUUAGCUACGGUGUCUUGGUUGGAAUAGGAGCUGGUUUGGCUUUCCCUCCAACUGUGUAUAUUGUAACAUCUUACUUUGUACGACUACGUGGACUUGCAAAUGGACUGUGUAUAUCUGGUAGUGCAUUAGGUUCAAUUUUCCUUCCACCUAUCCUAGGAAUUCUACUACGAGAAUAUGGUUACAGAGGUGCAGUAUUAAUAAUGGGUGCUGUCACCUUAAAUGUAUGGGCGAGUGCUCUUUUGUACGAACCGGUGGAAAAGCACAUGGUGCCGGCAUCACGAACAAACAAGUCGAACGACGACGAUUUAGAAGCCGCAUCAAUCACGGUAACUAGUCCCGAAGACGAGAAGCAACCGAAACAGGUUGUUUCUUCCUCGAAUUCGAACGAGAAGGCUGCACCCAUAGUACCAAAGAGUGCGUCCAGCGUUGCGUUAGAAUAUUACAAGAACACGCCGGUUCAAGGGAGAACCAGGAAGAUCAGCAUGCCAACAGGACGAGAGAUAGCUGGCCAGAUGCAUAGUACUCCAGCGCUGCACGCUGUUCCAGAACGUGGUGCCGAUGCCAACAGAUUGUUCAAGCGCCAGAGAUCACCCUUCCAGUCUCCCAGCACGUCGUCGUUCAAUUACGUUAGCACGCCGUAUCACGGGAGCACGUUGUCCGCUUUGCAUCCAGAAAGAGCGUCCACGUUGACCUUGAACGCGAUAUCGAGCACGUUCACCAGGAAGGCCAACGACGAAACGAGCAAGCACGAAGAGAAGUCAGGGAACAAAUUCUUCGAUUUCAGCUUACUCAAAGACCCGAUUUACUUGGUUAUAUUAAUCUCGAAUUCUACCAACGCUGUUAGUUACACCAACUUCGUUAUACUGUUGCCAGCGUACGCGAUUUCAUUAGGCUUCGACAAAAACAUGUCUUCCCUUCUUCUUUCGACCGUUUCAAUUCUAGAUUUAAUAGGACGUAUCGGGGGUUCAGCUCUAUCCGAUGUCUCAAUAAUGCCAAAGCACUGGUACUUCGUUGGAGGAUUGCUCGUCUCUGGAAUCUCCUUAGCUCUUUUGCCUAUAGCAACUACCUACAGUAUGUUGUCGGUUUAUUGUGGCGUUUUUGGUUUAGCUUCCGGUAUAUAUGUCGGUAUCACCGCGGUUAUAAUGGCUGACAUGUUAGGAACUGAGAAGUUAACUUCCUCUUAUGGGAUUUCGUUGUUCGUUAAUGGAAUCAUACAGCUCAUUGGUCCACCUAUUUGUGGUAUCGUGUUUGAACAGAUCGGGAGCUACGGUCCGAUUUUUAGCAUCUUAGGAAUCAUUUUAGUAGUAGGAGCGUCUUUGUGGGGAUUUGUUCCGUUUAUUAGAAAGAAACAGGACAGUUUAGAGAAGGAAAGUUCAAUUGAAAAAUUAUAGUGUCUCCGGUCAAUAUCGGCGAAAUUUACGGGCGAAGUGUGUGAUGGCUCAGAGCACCGCUUCGAGGGGACGUCGUAACCCAAAAAUUUUAGUACUUCUAUUAUUAUUUUAAUAAAAGAACUGCUCAUCGUGAGCGUUGAAAGUGAAACUUCUUCAGUAGGUGGGGUAAAAGAAUUUGAAAAUUUAGGAAUUUAAAAACUUACAAAUUUGAAGAUUUGAUUAAUCCUCUAUUCAAUCUUCUUCGCACAGAAGUUUCACUAAAAAGUUGGAAGGGGUGUCUCAAAUAAUGAUUUCACCCGGUAUCAUAUUCACUGUCAAUUCAACCUUGUAUCCGGUUAUUGGAAUUGAGUAUUUUACGAAAGACAAGUGUUUGGUCGUAUGAUUAUCUUAGGAUACAAUUAUUACAUCUAUAGAGCGUGUAUUGAAGUCUAUAUAAGAAUAUAAUUAUGAAAUACUGUGAUGUUAGAAUGAAUGUUAUGUAUGUACAUAUAUACCACUGGCACUGUGAUGAUGUUAUAUACGAUCCACGCACACGUAUUUCCGGGUGGAUUAACGAGAAAACAAUUUUCAAAAUAUAUAUUUUUAUGAAAUGUGAAAAUUUCUCUUUUCUCAAAAGUUGGAAGUAUCUUGCCUUACACAUGGACAACAAUUAUUCUUUGGAAAUAAAUUUUCAUUGGUACUAAAAGACAUCAUACAUGAAAGAGUAAGUACUUAGUUUAAUGAUGCACUAGCUGUUGGUGCUAUUGUAAUUAAAAAAAGAUGCAAUAAUAUAAUUUAGUACACGAACAAUUUUCUUAGAAUAUAUGUAUACAAUUGUAAAAAAAUUGAGUAUUUCUCCUUGUUAUAUAUACACACAAACAUUAAAGAUAGGAUCAGUCAAUUUUGUUAUCGA